CAGUUUCUAAUCUCGACACACCCUCUCUUUCAGCUAGGACGUGUGUCCAGUUAGCUUUAAGACGUUGGUAGUAAUCGUUGCUGCUCCGAAUAUUGCAUGAGAAAAGUAUUACACGUAUGGUGAUCAGUAUACCUGUACAAGAUCUUCUUCAUCGUCCUGCCAUUUUAUGAUGACUGCCUACAUUCGUCAUCCAGCUUCAGGGACUUCAUCACCGGUCAUCUGUGGAUUCAAGUAGGUACGAGAAGGAUUGUAUUUACAAAGGGACUCGUCAAAGGUGGAGGUUUUGCAAAGAUGAAUUUCUGCAAUUUGGUUCUACGAAAGAAACGUAACAUUUUAGCUGCUGCUGUAAUAUUGGCUUCUCUCUAUUUUGGGUAUUACAUUGUUGGGUACGGAAAGGUUUGCGUCCUUUCCGUCUCAAGCUUUGUACUUGAGUCCAAAGGUUAUUUACAGGGAGUGGUACGUGCGCUCGACCAUGGUUGCUACCUCCAGACUUCAAACUUUAGCCAGUACCAACAUUCUGAAGAGAUUCUGGCAAAACGCAACUGUAAGCAGAAGAUUCCCACGGCUCUGAUAUUAGGGGGUGCUCUGAGUGGCUCUGCGACCCUCAAGAGUGCUCUCUCAUUCCAUCCUGAUGUUGUUGUACCAGAGUUCGGGGUUCCCUUCAAGGACAAUGACCAAUACCUGGAUAAGAUGCCGUAUUCCCUCCCUCAUCAAAUGACUGUAGGUGAAUGCCAGGAGUACUUGUAUAUGAGUGACUUAUCCAAACAAACGUGGACGACCUUUUCUCCCGACCUUAAAGUCAUCAUUCUUGUUAGAGAUCCUGUAGCAAGAGCCAUGUCGGAAUACCUGGUGCUGACGUCGAAUAGCAGCUCAGAAUUUUAUCGCAGAAGUCUUUCACAAUAUCCAGAUGUGCCAAUUGGGGCACCUAAGCAGGAGUCCCGUGCAAGAAGAAUAAAACGAAAUGUAAAUACACGGCCUCGCAAAGACAAUACACCUCAUCGGGAAGAGAGGACCACAACUGCAAGUGAAAUAUGGAAAGGAAAGGGAAAAAAUAGUCUUUUACAUAAAACAAGUCCUGACAACAUGCAUUACAGUUUGGAAGACACUUUUGAAGAGACGGUGCUGGAAUCAUCUGAGAUAGACGCGGUGCACUUUUUGGUUCAAAGAAGUAUCUAUGGGAGCGGAAUAAAGGAAUGGGCGCAUGUAAUUCCGAGACCAAGCAUGUUAAUAUUAGACGCCGAGAGGUUUGCCAAGAGUCCCGUCGAAAGUUUGGAAAUUGUAGAAAGGUUCCUUGGACUAAGGCCAUUCUUCCAUAAAGACUUCUUUGACUUUGACCUUCCCCAAGGUGUGUUUUGUUUUAACUCACCGGUUCGAUCCUGCGUAGAACCCAUUCCCAUGCAGGAGCCUCUACCUUCUAUCUCUGAAGAAGUCGUCGCCCUCUUUCGAGAGUUCUUAAUCCGUUCAAUGAAGGUUCAAAACCUAUAUGCUAAUGCUUAUUUUCCAUUCCUCGGAGAGAAUCCUUUGAUAUAUACCCCCUUCCGAUAGCAAGAAUACAAUAAAAUUGUAAUAAACCGGUCACAUAUUAAUUUCCCUUCACAUAUCGUUUUGAUAAUGACCGAUAUUAAUAUAUUAUGUGUAUGAAAGCUGGUUUGUAAUGCUGUCUUGAGUUCAUGCAUAUAAAUAAAUUAAGUUUUUUUUUACAUUGGCAGUAACGUACAUUGGUCAGAAAGAUAAUUAAACAGACAUAUCAUAUCAUCCCAUGUAAAUGGCUCAAACAGAAGCGGAGGAAAUAAGCCCACUGAGUGAUAUUUACGAGUCAAUAUUUUGUUUCUUUCUGACAAGUGUGCAUGUCUAAUGACGUUGUUUGUCUGAACUCCAAAGCCACUAUUUUAAUUGAAUUAUCAAAAGGUUAUUUGAUCAAACACUGCUAAUUAAUCACUAAUAAAAAGCAUCGAAGUAAUAGAAAUAAUCGCAUAUGAUAUAUAGUUCUGUACUGUAAUAUCCAAUUGAUGUCUAUCUAUUGCUAGGAAUAUGAUUGAUUAAAUUACUUUUAAGCAUGUCAAAACGCAGUCAUUUUCAACGUUUAACUCUCUUUAAAACAAACAUAAUGAUAUAAGGAUCCAUGAAAUCAGAGGCAGAGCGGUUGAUAUUUUGGCCAAAGUCCUAUCUGAAAUCAAAAUUUGUACUCCGACAUGUUGCAUGGCGUAUGUAUUACAUUAUUAAUGAUUUUGAACUUUUUCAAUGUUCCAUUUGAAGCAGUCUCACAAAAAUUGUCAUAUUCUCAUUUAAUUUAAAUAUAAUGUAGAACUGACUCUUUGCCAUAACAUUUCUACACGGAGUGAUUAAAGAAUGCACACUGCAUCACUGAAGUACAUUCUGCUUCAUACACAUUUUGAUUCAGAAUGUAAUGUAAAUCACCUAAAACAAAAUUUCUAGGUUUCUAAGGUGGGUGUAUAUCAUUUUCGUAUUAACAUUAUAUUGGUGAUUGUAUGAUCGACACUUGAAUAAAAAGAUAUGAUCAGUGAUGAUUGAACCAAUGAUA